AUGGUUCUCUCGGACUACACCUACGUAUUUGCCCUCGGCACAAUUUUUGCGCUCUUGGAGGCCUUCAACAAUGGAGCCAAUGAUGUCGCAAACUCCUGGGCGACCAGUGUCUCUUCCCGAUCCAUUACGUAUCGCAUGGCCAUGGUGUGUGCCUUCUGCUUCGAACUUAUAGGCGCCCUCACAGUGGGCGCACGCACUGCCUCGACGAUCAAGAACGGCAUCAUAUCCCCAGAGGCAUUUGAAGGCAAUGCCGGCGUCCAGCUUCUUGCUUUUGCCUGUGCUGCCUGCGGCGCUGGCGUUUGGGUGAUGUACUGCAGUAUCAACAACAUUACUGUAUCGUCAACCUACUCACUUGUGUCGGCACUCGUGGGUGUUGGAAUCGCGACUGUAGGCACCCAGGGUGUCACCUGGGGCUGGAAUGGUGGAAAUGGUGUCGGUGCCAUCUUCGCCGGUCUCCUUAUGGCCCCCGUGAUCUCUGCUGGCUUUGGAGCGAUUAUCUUCAUGCUCAUCAAGCUCGUUGUCCACAUCCGAGCGAAUCCCGUCCCCUGGGCGGUGUGGACUUCUCCUUUCUUCUUCCUGAUCGCUGGAACUGUCUGCUGCCUAACUAUUGUCUAUAAGGGAUCGCCAAAAUUGGGACUCAACGAGAAACCCGACUAUUGGGUUGCCGGUGUUACGCUUGGCACCGGCUUUGCGUUGUUCCUGCUUGCUUGCCUCUUCUUCCUACCAUUUGUUCAUGGGAAGGUAAUCAAGAAGGACCAUACGCUGAGGUGGUGGGAUGUUUUCCAGGGACCUCUUCUGUGGAGACGCCAAGCCCCAGAAGACCCCUCGACAGCCAAAGUUCCUAACUUCGCGGUCAUCCAGCACAACAACGACGACGACUCGGAUUCCACUGGCGGCGAUACUGAUGUCGUCAAGUCGAAGGGCCAGGACGACAGUGUUCUCCCCACCGAGCCUACCGGCGCGAGUGCCCAGGAGAAACGCGCCAUUCAGCAGGAGGUCACUCCUGAAGACUACAAGAGGAUGAUAAAGGAGAACACUGCACGCCACCAUGCGAACAUUCGCAAAAAGAAUAACCCACUGGGCUGGGCUAUGCGCGUGUUGCACAACAACCCUAUGGGUGCCGGAGCUAUCUAUGAGCCUCAAAAUAUGAAGGCUUUCCUCAUUAGAAUUCCCGCAAUGUGUGUGGUUGCACUGCUUUAUGGUACCCACUAUGACAUUCACACUGCACAAGUGGGUAUCGAAGGCACGCCUGACGGCCGUCGCAUGGCUCGCGUAUAUGCCCACGCCCCGAAGUACUCAAAUGAGGUUGAGUAUCUCUAUUCAUUUGUCCAGAUUAUCACAGCUUGCACAGCUUCGUUUGCACACGGCGCUAAUGACGUUGGCAAUGCUGUCGGUGUGUGGGCUGGUAUGUACGCUGCAUGGACUACAGGGAGACCAGCAGCCUCGAAGGAGGAGGUCCCUCUCUGGCAGAUUGCCGUUAUUGUCCUUACGCUGUGUAUCGGCUUCAUUACUUACGGGUAUAACAUCAUGAAAGUGAUGGGCAACAAGAUCACCUAUCAUUCGCCGAGCCGUGGCUCCUCUAUGGAACUUGGUGCUGCUAUCACUGUCCUGAUCUUCUCGCAGUACAAGCUACCGGUGUCCACUACUAUGUGUAUUACCGGAGCUACUGUUGGUGUUGGACUGUGUAAUGGAAGCAUUAAGGCUGUUAACUGGCAGCGUGUUUUCCUCGUGCUUUUGGGCUGGUUCAUUACUGUUCCUGCCGCAGGCCUCAUUGGUGGUUGCACUAUGGGUCUUGCUCUUAACACUCCCCACUUCUAA